ACAAGUAUUUAAAAGUUUCUUUAAAAAAAUUGUUGUCUGAUCAAUAAGUAUUUUUUCGUUUUCUGUUAUUUUCAGUUUGCUAAGGAUGAGUACGGAGGUGGACUUGACUCAUUAGUAUCAGGGGUGAUGCUUUGUUCCUGUUCGCUGACAAUUUCUGCUGGUGUAAACGAGGCAGUGUAUAUAUCUUCGUUAGAACUCAAGGAAGGUUCCAGCCAUUUGUGUUGAAAUGUGAUGAACGACUUUUCUGAAUCAACACACACGACAUCAGAUUAUAUAUAAUUAUUAUAUAAAAUACGUCAAACCUACGUAACAUUUCGUCAACGCACAAGGAUUCUACAAUCUCAUGAAAUUUGUCAUACAAAUGAAAGGACUUAAAGAAGCCUGUUCAGGGUGUUGUUUAUUAUUAGUUCCGUUUGCCCUCGCUUAUUUUGUGGUUUUUAUACUUCAAAUACUAAUUGAUGACCCUGACACACUUGAAUGGGUGGGUACAGUCGCCACCCCUAUAACACUUUUCAGCUCUUUUGUUUGUGGUAUAUGUUUUUUCGACUAUUGCCUACUGAGAAAACGAAGAAAAACGAAACAGUGCUCUGAUAUAAAGAGCGUUAGUGGAAACGUUCAAAAGGGCGAUCAAGAAAUGCAAAAUACUGCGCCAGAUCUCGAAAACAUCGAUGAAAAAUGUAUGGCACGAACGCCUUUGCCAAAUGCUUUAAGUCACCAAGCAUCAUCUUCACCCAGCAACAGUACAAACUCACUGGCAAUAAACUCUUGCAGCUCUAGUCUAAAUCUCUAUGAUCCCCCAGCACACGUUGGCACGUAUGUCACGCCACCAAAGGAUAAUAAUCCUAGCAUGCCACCACCACCUUACUGUCAUUUUGCCAAAGUUUGCAUUGAGGAUAUAAAGUUCAAGGAAUCGCCAGAAUCAGUUUCUUCUGAGGAACAACGAACUGAAUGCUCAGUAUCGCGAUCAAGUGAUAAAGAUCCUCCCUGUUACGAAGUAGCUAUGUCGAUGUAGAAAAUGUUCGGUCAACGAUGAAAUUUUGGAAAUAUAUAUAUUGUUAUAUAUUGUUGAAUAAGCUUGAUUUCAAAAUUCCCAAACGCGCACUAUUAAUAAAAUACGGCAUAUACUUUGUUUGAAAAAGUGGUUCCCAACUUUAUUCGAUGAAUUCCCUCGUUUGACUAUUUUGGAACUUUUUAUUCCUCCCUCAUUGGGCAUAAAAUUGGGGCACAAUCUAAAUUUUAAACUUCAAAAGUAUAUAUUCAAUGACACUGUCAAAAAGUAUGUACAAUAACAAUUUUUAGCACUUCAUUCAUCACAACGUGUUCACGUCUAUAUACAAAUAUUUGGCCGCAGUAAGUGAACUAAGAUGGCGGACACCUGAACAUAGUAUGUGUAUCAGGUUAGGCCAUAAUUUCAGUCCAAUUUUCCUUAUUUUAGUUCUAUUAUGAGUUUGAAAACUAACCAAGUGACUACCGUGGUAUUUGUACCUGGGAAUAUGGCCCAAUCCUGGUACACAACACAUACUACGUUCCAGUGCCCGCCAUCUUAGUUCACAUACUACGGAAGUACAUAAUAUUUUAUAAUAUAGUUCUGUAUAUAAGCAUAUACUCGUCUAAUUAAGAGU